AUGGCGACUCCAUCGUCAUCCACCACUACGCCCUCCCCCCAGCCCAUAUAUCUGCAGUCCCACACGCCCGGCGCUGCACCCCCCACCGCGUCUACCGCCGCGUCCAACGGCGCCGUUGUCGCCGAUAAGGAGGAGAGAGACAAGGCCGUCCAAAAGUUCCUCGCCAGGGCCGAGAUAGGCAAGCUCACGCGUGGACUGCGGACGCGCCUUUCGUACGCCAACUUCAAGGCAACGCACAACCUCACUCGUAACACGCUGCACGAUCUCGAGCUCGAUGCUCAAAGCCAAGUCCGCGUCGCCAACAGGGCCAGCGCGAACCAUCACAACGCUGCGGCCGUGGCAGGCAACAGCGCGCUGACGCCCGGCGGCUCAGCCAAGACAGCAGCGCGCAAGGGUUCAAUGGCUCCUCCGCCUCCGGUGACCGCGUCUGCUGCUCAGAGCUUAUUUGCCUCCAUUCUUGCGCCGCCGCCGCCGAAGCGCGCGCGUACGAUCCACAACUCUGAAGAACCCCCUGUGGCGGCCCCAGCGAGGCCGACACAGCCAGAGUCCCCUUCGCAUAGGGGGAGCAAGGCACCCCGGGAAGGUGGGCAUCCGAGGUCCAAGUCGCACAAGAAGGGUGGGGCGAAGGGCAAGGGGCGGCACAAGGAGGGCGAGGAUGACUCAGAGGGGAGUGCCGCGGAUGUUGACAUUGAUAUGAAGGCUGCGGCGACGCUUACGUCGCUGUUGCUAUCGUCGCGGCCGUCGAUAUCGGCUGCCGCAUCAUCGCCGCGGUCGAGCAUCUCUGCGGGCUCGGACUCGGGCUCGACUCAUUCCUACGCGCAGUACGCGCAAAGUUCUGCGCGGACCCUCCAUGCAACGGCGCCCAUGUCUGGAGAGUCAUCUUAUUCCACUACACAGAGGCAGGCGCGUCCGAUCACGCCCCAGCCGCCCCUGCAGGGCGGGUUCCGGCAGAACCUCGCGCAGCCGAGCAGUGUUCAAUCAGAGGGUAGGGGAUCGCCCAAGGUGCGCAAGAGACCUAUAUAUCCUGCAGGAGAAAGCGGGACACCGCACCCACCUAGCGACACAGAGGCCGCGGAUUCUUUAUUGUUCCUAGCGACGUCUCCAUCUCCGGUGCGGGCAUCAUUCACGAGGGCUAGAGAUACACCCCGAACAGGAUCAAAUCUCAAAGGCCGUGCCCUCUUUCCUGGACAAGGUGACGGUGACAACAACAACUCGCAUGCUGGUGGCCGGAUGCCUCGCAGGGAGGAGACAAGGAGCUGGGCAUCGACCACGUCCGUUGGGUCUAACGAUGCUGCACCUCAGGGUAGCAUGCAGCGUGUCCUAGCGAAUCGGUUUACGCAUCGCCCAAAUUCCGCCCCGCCAGCGCAGCCAAGCCAGGAUGUGACCGCGGAUCAUCCCAACGUGCCCAUGGAGCCCACCAUCACUCCCCCUACUCCGACGAUUCCUUCCACCACGCAAUUGUUGCCCCCACCUUCGACUCCCCCGCGAAUGUACGCUUCGCCUCGCCCGAUACCCAGUGAUCACCCUUCCCAGCCUAGCUCACAGCAGACACCCGAUGGGAAGAGAACAGCCAACGAGCCAGAGAUAACAGGCAACGGUUCGUUCAGCACGAGCAGCUCCGUACAAGUAUCUCCGUCCUCUGCUGCCGCGGCGGAAGCGUUGUCCAGAUUAGGUUCUGCACAUUCAGGUGUUGGAAGGAGACCGUUUGAGCAGCAUCACGGUGCAAACAUAAGUGGCAUGGAGGCGCGCAAGGAGGGUGCGAAUGAUGCAGCGGUGCCAUCCGAUAAGAAUGCGAGAGUUGACGUUGCGAGUACGACGAGUUGA